AACUUCAUGAUCGUGCUUCUCUGUAGGCACUGGUUAUGGCAAAUUUGGGGAAAUCGAUCAGCUCCGAUUAGGGUUUUCCGUCCUCCAGAUCAAGGUCGAGGAUGCUCUACAUCUCUUCGUAGAGGAGGAAGAGAUGGUGUUCUGGUAUCGACUUCACCAGUCCAAGCUCCGUCACGCGUCGAGCUACAUCAAGUCAUGCUACGCUCAAUCCGUCUACGCUUCGGCGCACGAUUGCGCUGCUUCGAGUGCCUCCAUCGGCGUGAAGCCGGCGCCUCUCGCCGAUAUCCGCCGGCGACCCACCGAUUUCUGCAGCAACGUGAGGUUCUUCGCCGCGCCAGUUCAGGCUAGGCCGAAAGAGGAUGCUAAGGACUCCAAUGCGCCGUGCCUGAAUGAGAAAAUUAAAGCGAGCAUAGUCAGGGUUGUAACAGACGAAGGGCAUUUUGUAGUCUCAAUCCAUGAAGCACUUCAACGAGCCAGAAAACUCAAUCUUGAUCUAGUUGAGGUUCAGAAAAAUGCCAAUCCACCUGUUUGUAAAAUUAUGGACUUCCAUAGGGAGAAGUACAAACAGCAGCUGAAGGAGAAGGACCGUGCUAAAAGUCAGUCAGGGGUGACUCUACGAAAAGGAGAUUGCAAAGAAGUUCGUUUUACGGGAAAGACAGAACAGAAGGACCUAAAGAUGAAAGCAGAGACGGUUAAAAGGUUGAUGGAACGUGGCUACCGUGUGAAGGUACCUAAGAGUUGUAGGGCAAUGGGUACUGAAGAUCAGGAUUUGGGAGGAUUGUUAACUCGACUUUCUGCAUUGAUUGAGGAUGUAGCGGUUGUAGAAAGUGGACCAAGGGUGGAAAAGCAACAGGCUUAUGUCAUUGUCAGGCAUGCAAAGUUUGGUCCAUCUAAGAGUGGUAAGAAGCUAUUUGGAGAUACGAAACAAUACACGGUAGCUCGACCAAGUGGAGACUCUGAAGAUGAGGACCUUGGCGAAAAAGGCUUGGAAUCUGAGAAAGAGAUGCUUUCUAACAAUGGAAACGCUGCAGGCAGCUAUGCUGGCUGGUCAACUGGUGGCGCGAACUAUGGUUCCAAAGUGAACGAUAGGCCUGGAAGAGCUCCCUCUUCAUCAAACCCUAAUUAUUCAAUGAACAUGGGAGAGCCUUCCACAGAAACCGAGAACAGGUAUGUGAGGGGAGGAGCAAAUAAUAGGUUUACACAAUCUUGGAGCCAAGGGGCGAGAGACUCUGACAGGUUACAGCCUGAGGUUCCAAGGAGCCAAGAGGUCCCCAAUCAAAGAAGGCAAGAGGUUCCAUAUCAAAGGAGGCAAGACGUUCCAUAUCAAAGGAGGCAAUCGCCUUCUGAUACACGUACCUCACAUUUAACAGGAGAGUCUAAGCAAGUUGAGACUCCUCCCAGCCCCUCACGCUCGAGUUUUGGGUUAUUUAGUGCCCCUAGAAACAAUACUCCCGGCAAUCACGGUGAGGCACCAAAAGCUUGAGAGAAGUAGCAACGGACAAGCUUCUAAAUUACAGGGCGAUCUUCUUGCUUGAGAGAUAUAGUUAGGGCUAGUAAGGACUUUUGUGAGGCGAUUAGCUGCUUGUUGGUUAUUCAAGUUAUUAACCUAUUCAAUGCGCUGGAGGAGCAGGAUGCAACUUGGUCUCUGGUGGCGCUUGCGUGUUGAGACUCCUUCCAAACUGCUGUGAAGACAUUGCGGUGUUAAGAUUAAGACAGCAUUAUUUAAUUCUUAGGCUGAUUAUUCUUGUCAUUCCCUGUUGUAUGCUUCAUAAUUUUAUUCUGCAUGGGAAUUUUGGGGAGGACUAUUGUUGGUUCAUUUUUGAGAUUAUCCUCUCAAGUUUUCCAUGUAUUUGGGUACGUGCAAGUGAAUAAGGCUCACUCCCACAUCUUUUCUUUUCCUCUGAGAGCCUCUGAGGUCUGAUAUUUUGUUGUAAUCUGUUCUGGGAUUGGUGUCGGAUUGACCGGAAGAAAAAGAUCGAUUGAAAUGAUAAUCUUGUCGAUGUCGGGUUUGCCGGCAAAGGCUUUCGAA